AUGACCAGCGUACCCAGUGCCAAGCCAAGGCUGGCCCAAGCUGCAAUGGCAGAGGACAAGCUGAAGCUCAAGUCCUCACAGGGGGAGAUCUUCGAAGUCGACCCUGAGGAGAUGUGUCAGAGCCCUGUUUGCGCGGACAGUGGCACGGAUGAGGAGAUCCCUCUGCCAAAUGUGAAGACUGCAAUUCUGAGCAAGGUGCAACCGCUGGUUUGUAGCGGCACAGGGAUGGCUGCUAGCGCCGAAUGCCAGGUGAUUGACUAUUGCAAGUAUCACAAGGACAACCCUCCCGAGGAGAUUGGAAAGCCGCUGAAGAGCACCAAUCUGGUGGAGUGCGGCGUGUCGGAGUGGGACAGCGAGUACGUGAACAUUGAGCAGGAGGCGCACUAUGCUGCUUAUGUCCUCUUUGAGUUGAUCCUGGCGGCCAACUAUCUGGACAUAAAGAGCUUGCUGGACCUCACCUGCGCGAAAGUCGCCUCCAUGAUCAAGGGCAAGAACACCGAAGAAAUUCGCAAGCAGUUCAACAUCGUCAACGAUUUCACUCCCGAGGAGGAAGCGCAGGUCCGUGAGGAGAAUCGAUGGUGUGAGGAUGCCUAG